AUGCACCAAUUGCCACCAGGCUACAAACUUAGAAGAGUCAAUUCCUCGGACUUCGAUGCCGUGAUAAAGACGCUUCAAGUUUUGACAACAGUGGGUGACGUUUCUCAAGCAAAAUUCGAUGAGAUUCUCGAAUAUUGGGAACAAACCAGAAUAACGAUCAAAGGGAACCAAGUACCCGCUUACAAUAUGUUUGUUAUAACAGAUGAUGCCGACAGAGCCGUUGCAACGGGUACAGUUUUAAUUGAAAAGAAAAUCAUCCAUUGUGGUGGGCUUGUAGGUCACAUUGAGGAUAUCGCGGUUUCCAGGGACCAACAGGGCAAAAGCCUGGGCCGCAUGAUGAUCGAACACUUAACAACGUACGCACAUGACCUGGGCUGCUAUAAGGUGAUCCUAGACUGCUCAGACGAAAAUGUGGGCUUUUAUAAAAGGUGUGGUUACCUGAAGGCUGGGGUUGAGAUGAGCCACCGCCUGUAG